CUAUUCACACUCCCCGCUGGUCCCCACAUUCCUCCCACUGUGCCGGAAGUCUUGAUCCACGGUUGCGGUUUAAUGCGAAAUCCCCUCUCCUCGGCUCAAAUCCGAGUCCUUCUCUUGUCUGUCUGUUUCAGUGAUUUCACUACAUCCUGCCACCGUAUCCGUGCUACUCAACACUUCAUGUUCUACACUCUGUCUCACAGAGCAAGCCACUUAAGUCUAGAUUCUCAAUCGCCAUGGCAACCUAACAUGACGUCGCCUGGCAUUUGCACCAAGUUGAUCUCGUGGGCAAGCUUUUACUUCAUGUACUACGUCUAUGAGCAAACUUAUCUACCAAUUGCCAACCGGAAAUGGCCACCACCGUUUCUCUCGCUCUUCCAUCCCUAA